ACCAAUAUAUAUAUAUUUCAUUUUCAAAGUAGUCGUGAUAGUGGGGGCGGCGGCGUCCUUUAUGUCGGAGAGAUGCAAAUGUUAUCGAGGUACUUCCAUCCCUUUUCCCACCCAGUCAACAGAGUAAUUUGAGAAAAUAGCUGCUGCGGGGGAGGGGAAGCGUUAGGACCCACUCCAGGGGAAAAGGGAACAGAAGAAAACAACGAGGAAAGACUGAAGGAAACACUUUUAGAGAUACGAACACACGGAAGAAGAAACGAAUGAGACUUUUCAUUCUGAUUUAAGCAUUUUUAUGACUGGAGCAAAGAUCCAUUAAUUUGCGUUCAUGGCGCUCUUCGAUGGAACUUUUUAGAGAACUCAAUUGAUUGCGCAUAUCAGCGAUGUUUCGGCGAGCGACUAUAUCCCAUAGUCUUCUUCGUGGGCGCAUAUGAAUGGAAAACACGUACGUUAUGGUUUGGGAAUAACUGUGCGCAACAUUUAGAACAAGUAGGCCUAUAUUAUCAGUCGAUAUGGAAAGAACGGAGGCAGCGGGGUGGAAAUUCCUACGGGACUCUCUCCUACUUUGUGUUUUUGCCGGUCACAGUGAGGCCCAGUGUGAUGGCUGUGUGGAGUACUGCUGUGAAGGCUCUCCCCCUUUCUGCUGCUCCUACUACGCCUAUAUGGGAGAUGUCCUCUCGGGCACAGCGAUCUCAGGCAUCGUGUUUGGUGUGGUGUUUCUGAUGGGAGCGCUGGCGGCCUUCUUCCUGUGUGUGUGCAUGUGUGUGAAGAACGGGCGAGGGGCCCGGGUGGACGUGUUCAACACCUCGUACAUCAACACUGUGUCCCAGGGCUACCCAGGACCCCCACCUCCCUACACCUAUGACUAUGAGAUGUACCCUUCGGCCAUGCGCCCCCCUCCCUACACCCCCACCCCACCCAGGAUAGACAGCUACUCACCUCCCCCUCCAUAUCCGGGCUGUAAUCGCAAAUGACUUGAAGACAAAAUGGAGAAUCCUGACCAGGCUACUUGCCCUUCUGAAGGAGCACUUCUUGGAUUAAGUUUAUGCAGUGUUCUAGCAGAGAAAGAUGAGACUGUAAGCAUUGCCUUUCGAACCUCUGGAUCACUUAAAAUGACUGCAUGUGGACUGGACCACUUUGACCUUUUCUUGUGGGUGUGAUUGGGUCAAUUGAACUGACUGGUGUUUUGGGUGGGUGGGGGGUGAAAACCUCUGAAUCACUUAAAAUGACUGUGUGGACUGGUCUACUUUUGACUAUUUGAUGUGGGGUGGUGGACAAUCCAACUGAUCAGCUUUUCGUGGGUGAAAACCACUUUAGGUGUAUUUGACUCAUAUAUUUUAUGGCAAUGAAUAUGAGUGAGGGGACAAAGUACAUAACUUUAUUUGAAGAUGUGGAUCUCUCUUGUACCAUUUCUCUGGUAGAGAUGCCUGUUAGCUGACUUUCCUUCAGGUCGGUGCUCUUGCCUAUCUUAUUUCUACAAGGCAAAGGAGAGAACUGUAGCCUCGUCCUAGAUAUGUUUGUGCUGUAUUGCCAAUUGUUUCAUGUGGAAAUUACCUGAGGACAUGGCGAGACAGCACAAACAAAUCUGGGACCAGGCUAGGAAAACUGGGUAAAACUAUGAAUUGUACCAUAGAAAUAGGAUGGUAAACAUACGUGUCUGGGGUGAAGUUUCCCCUAGGUACAGAUCUAGUAUCAGCUUCCCCCUCCCCCCAAUCCUAACCUUAACUAUUAGUGGAGAUAGUACAAAACUGACCCAAGAUCUAAAAUCUAAAUCAAACUUUUUGUCACAUGCGCCAAAUACAACCUUACCAUGAAAUGCUUACUUACAAGCCCUUAACCAACAAUGCAGUUCAAGGAACAAAAUGUAUUUACCAAAUAAAUUAAAGUAAAAAAUUAUAAAAAGUAACACAAUAAAAUAACAAUAACGAGGCUAUAUAUGGGGGGUACCAGUACUGACCACCUCCUAUAGGCUGUCUCAUAAUUGUUGGUAAUCAGGCCUACCACUGUUGUGUCAUCAGCAAACUUAAUGAUGGUGUCAUGUUUUGCUGUAUCUGUUGGGGUGUUAGGCACAUUGGAGUGGGUCUAGGGUGUCCGGGAGGAUGCUGUUGAUGUGAGCCAUGACCAGCCUUCAAAGCACUUCAUGGCUACCAACAUGAGCGCUACAGGCGGUAAUAAUUUAGGCAGGUUACCUUCGCUUCCCUGGGCACAGGGACUAUGGCGGUCUGUUUGAAACAUGUAAGUAUUACAGACUCGGUCAGGGAGAGGUUGAAAACGUCAGUGAAGACACUUGCCAGUUGGUCCGAGCAUGCUUUGAGUACAUGUCCUGGUAAUCCGUCUGGCUCCGCUGCUUUGUGAAUCUUGACCUGUUUAAAUGUCUUGCUCACAUCGGCUACUGAGAGCAUUAUCACAGUCUUCCGGAACAGCUGGUGCUCUCAUGCAUGCUUCAGUGUUGCUUGGCUCGAAGCGAGCAUAACAGGCAUUUAGCUCGUCUGGUAGGCUUGUGUUACUGGGCAGCUCACGGCUAGGUUUCCCUUUGUAGUCCAUAAUAGUUUUCAAGCCCUGCCACAUCCGACAAGCGUCAGAGCUGGUGUAGUAGGAUUCAAUCUUAAUCCUGUAUUGACACUUUGCCUGUUUGAUGAAUCAUCUGAGGGCAUAGCGCGAUUUCUUAUAAGUUUCCGGAUUAGUGUCCCACUCCUUGAAAGCGGCUGCUCUAGCGUUUAGCUCAAUGCAGAUGUUGCUGGUUGGGAUAUGGUUGGUUGGGAUAUGUACAUUACCGUUCAAAAGUUUGGGGUCACUUAGAAAUGUUCUUGUUUAUUAAAGCAAAUGACAUUUUGUUGUCCAUUAAAAUAACAUCAAAUUGAUCAGAAA